AUGCCGCUUGGGUUGAAAUUGUUUGGCGAAAAAUGUUGUAAGGAUGAGUACUUAACAUUACGUUGUUCUAUCAAAGGAAUGGAUGGAAUAAAACAGUUGAGUAAGCAGUUGAAAAAUCUAGAAACCGCGGAAGAAAAAUUACGUCUGUCUCCCAUAAAAUCAGAUCAUUUAUCUAUUUUUGCUGAAAGCUUCCUGGAUUUUGUUCGCUUACACGAUAAGUUGCCUAAUUUACCAGAAAGUUAUGAACUUCGUGCAUUAAGGCGGAGUGAUAAUUACCGUGGCUAUUUGGAAUUGUUGUCGCAGCUUGGUGAGGAGGUUAAUGUAACCUCAGAAAUGUUUUCACGAAGAUUCAAUGCGAUGCGUAACACCUCGCCACCCUCAUAUUAUAUUAUUGUAAUUGAACAGAUUGAUAUAAAACGCAUUGUGGCAUCAGCAACGCUUUUUCUUGAAUUUAAAUUCACUCAUCAAGCUGGAUGUCUUGGACGAAUAGAAGAUAUUGUUGUCGACAAAACAGUUCCAUAUCUUUUUUUCCCUAAGAUUCUUUGUCAGUAUCUUGUAUCACUAGCACGACAUGUAGGAGCAUUCAGAUUAUUGUUGGAAUGUAAGACUGAGAUUCCUAGCUACAGUGAGAAAAUGGCUGAUGCUCAGUAUGCGCCGCUUACUGCUACUUUGGUGAGAACACUUACUGAUAAACUGUACGAGAAGAGGAAAGCCGCUGCUCUUGAUAUAGAAAAACAAGUGAGGGAUUUACUACAAGCAAAUCAUUUGUCACAGCUCGAAAAGUUGCUCGCCGUACUUAGAGGAUUGACAACAGCACAAAAUGCGCAUGCACGAAAGGGUGGUCUAAUUGGUUUAGCAGCUGCAGCAAUUGCAUUGGGGAAGAAUACCGCUGAUUAUACUUCACAGUUAAUCGAACCAGUUUUGACUUGUUUCAGUGAUCCCGAUCCCCGAGUACGAUACUAUGCUUGUGAGUCAUUAUACAACAUUGUGAAAAUAUGCCGCUCAUCUGCGUUGUCUCACUUCGAUGAACUUUUUGAUACUCUCUGGCGAUUAUCUGCCGAUACAGACUUAAAUGUGCGUAGCGGAGCAGAAUUGUUGGACCGACUGCUAAAGGAUAUUGUACUCGCUACGAGCUCAUUCGAAAUUUCGACUUUGAUGUCAUUGGUCCGUGAUAGAAUAUAUUCACAGAACAGCUCAAAUCGAAGAUUUGUUGUUUCUUGGCUGUCAGCUUUGUUGACAGCGCCAGAACUAUCUCUUUUGACAUAUCUUCCCGAAGUUCUUGAUGGCUUAUUCCAAAUGUUGAACGAUAGUCAGCCAGGGGUCCGAGAUGCUACAGAAACAGUUCUUGGACAAUUUCUUGAGCGAAUGCACGAGCAGAAAGAUGGUGACAAAGCUGAAUUAAAUGAUAUGAUUAAUGUUCUGAUAGUACAUGCUUGCGCUGAAGGAAGUACUCUUACUCGGAUGACGGCUCUUAUUUGGUUGAACCGUUUUCUGAAAAUGCAUGAUGUUGGGCUCCUACAAUAUCUUUCGUCUUUCUUAACAGCCGUGCUUCCCUGUUUAAAUGAUUCACAGCUUAAAGCGAAAGAAAUCAACACGCAUUUAAUGGAAUUGUUAUCGGAGAAUGCCGAUAUCGAGUAUGAUGCUGUUAUUAAAGUACUUCUAAAGCAUAUCAGACACGAAUUUCGAGAUACAAGGAUAGCUGUUUUGAACUGGAUCAGUAGGAUGCACAUUACUGCGCCUGCAAAAUUAUUUUCGUACAUGGACCGUGUAUUUCCACUCCUACUUUCACUACUGUCCGACACAUGUGAUGAUGUAUUGUUGCUGGAUUUGCAGUUACUUUCCGACAUAUGCGAAGGCAAAAACACUAGUGGUGUUGAGUUGCAGGAGCUUAAUCUCGAUGAAGAUACAUUGAAGCAGCUUUCAGGCAUAUCACCAUAUUUAGUGAAAUUUACAUCAAGCUUAUUAGCAAUGUUUCGAAGUGAUACGGCUUUGCUCAAUGAUAGAGGUGUCUUGAUCGUUAGGCAGUUGUGCAUGCUACUCGGUUCCGGAUCCAUCUAUCGCUGUUUAUCGGUUCUUUUAUUGAAAGAUAAUGAUACAGAAUUCGUAUCUCAAAUGGUCGCUUUACUGAAUGGGAUAUUGCUCACUUCUAGUGAACUAUUCGAAUUAAGGAAGCAAUUAAGAACACUGGAAUCCGAAGCUUGUAUAAAUCUCUUCGAGUCUUUGUAUCGUACGUGGGCCUUCCAACCUAUUGCAUUGCUUGGCUUGUGUGUACUAUCGCAAAACUACGAGCAUGCAAGCGUAUUGGCGCGACACCUGUGGAAGGUCGAUGUCACGGUUGACGUGCUUAUUGAAAUCGAUCGACUUGUACAGCUUAUCGAAAGCCCUAUACUUUCAUAUGUACGGCUCGAUUUAUUGGAUGCCAAACACCAGCGGCCCCUCACAGCUGUUCUUUCAGCUCUUCUAAUGAUACUGCCUCAAACCGAUGCAUUCAAUACAUUACAUAAACGCAUACAGUGUAUUCCACCUGUUGUUGAUCAUGAAAUCCUUGAACAGCAACAAGAAGUUCUUCGAAAAAAGCAUCGACAAAUGCUAAGUUCAACUCAUCAGAGAAGAUAA